AUGAACCAUCUCGUCGCCAUCCUUGUGCUGAUCAGUGUGGUUCCUUUAGAUGCUGAGGAAGGCCAUCACCUUGCUCACAAAACUGUCCUAGCAGGGAAUAUGGCUGCUAUCCUUGCAAGUGUGAUGAGUAUUCCCACUGCUAAACCAACUUUUUUGAGCCGAGGUACUCGUCAUGCAGCUGCACAGUUCACAGACACACUGACGUGCAGAACAGGUGAACACUGUGGAGGAGAUUAUUCCGAUUGGUACGGCCAUUACAUAGCUUGCUACAUUAAAAACCAGUACGGCAAAUGGGUGCGUACAGGCAGUUGGGAUUACGUCAAUAAUGUCACAUAUUAUACUUAG